AUGCAGUUCAGCCAGCGAAUAAGAAAGUAAAAAAAUUGCGAUUUAUAUUUGACAAAAAAUAUUUUUAAAUACAAAAAAAGGCAAAAAUAAUCACUCCCCACAGUUAUAAAUUACUUAAAAGUGUAAAUCUUAUUUCCCCACAAUAUAUUUUAAUAAAAAUUAAUCCAAAAACCAUCAAAUCGGGAAGAUUAUUUAACCUUUUCCCUUGAGAGGUGCAGUGCAACUCAAAAAUAUACAUAAACCUCCAUAAGAAAAGGAAAAAAUACCUAUCGUAUUUGUAAAUUUAUUUUUGAAAAUUGAAAGCUAAAGAUAAAAAAAUUGUGAAUUUCAAGUGAAAGUGCGUUCGAAAUGAUUAAAACUCAGAGGUGAAUGAGAAAAAUUCAAAAAAUCCUAAAAAAAUUUCCUUUUUUUUCACACACAAAAUUCCACGGCGCAGAUAGGAAAAUAAUAAAAGAAAAAAAAACAACACAAAAGAAAGGAAUACACAAAAAGCUAGAAACAAAUAUAAAAUAGUUUCAUCACCAAAUCAAGUCAUCAUCAUCAUCAGGCUCUGAGGCAACAGCAAUUCACACAAAGUUGCAUUGCUGCUGCACAAAUUGUAGCACUCGAAACAAAAUUGUAACAAAAAUACGACUCACAAAACAAAAACAAUAAAAAAAAAACAUAAUUAAUGACUUAUCUUGUCAACGUGGGUUUGUUUUUGUUAAUCAAUAAAAGUUAAAUUAAACAACAAGGAACCGAACUGCAAAAAAAAAGUGGUAAACAAAAUUGAAAACGAAGUCAAUAAAAUUCAAAAAAAGAAAACAACAACAUUAAAAUAGACAAAACAAUAAAAAUAAUAUGAUUGAAUUCGAAUUGGACUUUGAAGAUGGAAAUCGUCCGCGCGAAGUGCCAGAGACUCCGCUCAAGGAAUGGCGUCUCAAAUACCAAGCUGGCACAAUUGUAGCACAGGAUUUCAUUGAGUUCUUUCGCAAGGAAGCUAAAAACUACUUCGAAUUUGAAUAUGUUUCAGAAGCAGACUCCACUAGGGAAAGCCUGCGAUGUUCAUUCAACGAAGCUGGUGCCAAAGCGGGUAUCAUUGACGUCCUGCUCGAAUUCAUACUAGGUGAUAAUCCGGAAACCAUUUUGGAUAAACUACAGAAGGAAGGUAACACCGCUGCAGUUUGUGGCAAAGUUUUCAAAAAUGGUGAACCGACUUACUGUUGUCGCGAAUGUGGCAUGGAUCUCACAUGUGUGCUGUGUGUUAACUGCUUCAAGCAAUCCCCCCACAGGUACCACAAGUACAAAAUGUCCACAUCUGGAGGUGGUGGAUGUUGUGAUUGCGGUGACGAGGAAGCUUGGAAGAAGGAUCAUUACUGUGAUGAACAUUAUAGAAACAAAGGACUUCCAGCUGAGAGUCCAAUAAUAACAGACGCCAUAAAAGGUCGCUGUGACAUCGCCUUUCGUGCGAUUAUUCAGUUCUGCAUGAAUAUAUUCGAAAUCGAGUCGAUUGCUAGUCUGGAGUGUCUGGACGACGGCAACGAAGACGAUCGUAUUUUCUGCACAGUCCUUUACAAUGACGAGAGUCAUACUUUCGGUCAGGUUAUUCAAACUCUGACUAAGAUUGUGAAGUGUAGGCAAAAGGAUGCAAUGGACAUUGUAGCGAGUAUAGAUCGAGAAGGUCGAGCAGUCGUUCGUUGUGAGUCAUUCGCCGCAUGCCGUCAGCUAAAGGAGUCAAUCGAGAAGCAGUCAGUGCAGAUUGGAGCCACCACGAGCAACAGCAGGGCCAAUCAAUCGUUGCGAGUAUCGGUUCUACAUAGAAGGGCAGUUUCGUGCCAACAAUUCGCCAUACAACUGCUGACGUGGUUCCAGGAGUUCCUUAUGAAACACAUGACCUUCCGAGCGAUCUUUGCCACUGUGAUAAGCGACAAAACUACCACUUACAACAUCGGUCACAUCCUCGAGUACGAUGUCAAACUGUGGAAGACUGCGCGCAGUUGCUGGCACAGGCUGCUCAUAUCGGGCAUGUUGAUGGAAUACGAUAAUAAAAUGGCACUUGCUCAGGAGUUCUCCCGACACUAUGCGACUAUUGUGCAAGAUUUCAUCCGCGAUGAUCAUGAUCACUCGUUUUCGAUUGUAUCAUUGAGUGUUCAGCUUUUUACGGUGCCCAGUAUUGCCCAUUAUCUUAUUGCCGUCGAGGGUAUCUUCCACAAGCUGCUCCAUACGUUCUAUCACGAAUCAAUAGACAUGUAUGUGCAGAACAAGACUCUCCACUUUGCCAGAAAUAUGGCGAUUUCGGGACAGUUUAAGCGUGCCGCUUACAUUCUGUAUGAUAUGCGGUACAUUUUGAGCUUCAAGCCGGAAGUGUGGACUCCAGAGCUCCGAGAGGGCUUCCUCGAGGGUGUGAAGGUCCUUUUGCGCCUGUUGAAUGUGAUGCAGGGUAUGGAGUCGGUAACCCGUCAGACCGGCCAGCACAUGGACUACGAGCCGGAGUGGGAGUGUGCUUUCAAUUUGCACAUCAAGCUGGCCAACACUAUUUCUUUGGUUCUGGAUUGGUGCGCCAGCGAUCGGGAGAUUUUACUUAAGGUCUAUCAGAUGACAAUGCGUCAUUUGAUGAACAACGGGUUUAAUCUUAACACCAGCAAAAUUGAGGAGCAAUCCGUCAACGAUCACGUCGCCAAAUGCAUGAUGUACGACGUGUCUUCCCGCCCUGUCUCAAUUCACCUACCUUUGUCACGAUUCUAUGCGGGCAUCUAUCUGCAUUUGGGCAAAUACGGAAUAACUUUCGACAAUGCCUUCACAACAGGAGGUCGUACACCGGAGGAAAUCAUGGAACCCAUUCUCUGUACUCAGGCCAUGAUUGCUCAGGUAAACUCGGGAAUGUGGCGCCGCAAUGGAUAUUCCCUAUUGCAUCAGUUGUACUUCUAUCGCAAUGUGCGUUGUCGUUCGGAAAUGCUCGACCGUGACAUCGUCGGCCUACAGAUCGGAGCAGCCCUCAUUGAAAGCAAUCAAUACUUAAUUCAUUUGCUAAAUAAAUUCAAUCUUCUAGAAUGGAUACAAGCUGACUAUGAGUCAAACAACACUAGCGCCGCAGACGAUGACUUCAUUCGGCAGCUAUCGAUGAUUGAUGAAUUUUUAGAGAUGCUGAUUGUGAUUAUUGGCGAGCGAUACGUGCCAGGCAUUGCGAAUGUAACCGAUGCUGACCGCAUAAAGAAGGAAAUAAUCCAAUUGUUGUGCAUUAAGUCAUAUUCACACUCAGAGCUAAACAGAGCUCUGUUAGAUUCUAAUAAUGAGAUAAUUUUAGAACAUGUAACUGACGUAUUAGCCGAUUUCAAGAAACCAAUGAAGACCGAUUCGAAGGGAGUUUACGUAUUGAAGGAUGAAUUCUACGACGAUUACAACAUGUACUUUUAUCAUUACACCAAAGAGGAGAAAUCGAAAUCAGAGGAGAAUCAAAGAGCACGCAGGAAGGCAAAAGAAUUGCUGGUUUGCUGUCCACCGCCACAAUUGCCUAAGCUUACUGAUGGAUUUGUCUCAAUUGCGAACCUUCUUCAGUGUGAUGUUAUGAUGACCAUUAUUUCAACAGUUUUCAAUCGUGCUCUAGAUCUCAAGUCAUCCAGUUUCACAGAUAAUCAUCUUCAAAAAGUUCUUCACUUGAUAGGAUAUGCUCUGCAAGAAGAAGCAUCCGGAAACUAUCCCUUCCUACAAUUUUUCGAAAGAUCGCAGAAAUUCGAUAUUCUGCCGUCACUUGAGAAGCUAUCCCACAGCGCUAGGGUUGAAUCACAUCGUGACUUCAUCUUGUGGACAUUGAAAAAAUUCAAAGAACUCCAACCAAAAGAAUCCACUACCGAGGAAGCAAUGGAAACUCCUGCCGACGAAGAUGAGGGUAUCGAACCAAUGACCGCAGCUGAGGCUGAGAAGCAGGAAAAAGAAGAACGCUCCCGCUUAGCUGCUCAGCGUCGAUCGAAGAUUCUCGCCCAAAUGAUGAAUGCUCAACGAAAUUUCAUGAAAUCAAAUGCAGAAAUGUUCGAAAAACUCGAAGGUGUUAAGGACGACGAUGAGUCAUCGAUGGACUGGCAAACGGAUCGCGAUCGUUUUGAAUUAGAAGAAGGAGCUGUAGCAUAUAGGUCAUUGGCUUGUUUGGGUGUUGAUAGGCGUCAUCAACAACCUGUGGACAAAACUUUCAAGUGCAUUCUGUGCUUUGAGGACUGCACUGUGACUAAGGAUGGACCGUGUCUAGUUUAUUCGGCUUAUAUUCAAAAGAGUAAGGUGCUCCCACCAACUGGUGACGCUCCUAAUUCAAUUUACACAAGUAGUUGCGGUCAUGUGAUGCACGACACUUGUUGGAAUGAGUACUAUUCGAAUGAGGAGUCCAAGGAAAUGCGUCGUCCAACUCGCAAUCGUCAAGGAUACUUCCUUCUCAGAAACAAUUCGGACUUCCAAUGUCCUUACUGCAGGUGUGUCAGCAAUGCUGUUCUUCCUUUGACAGCUCCAAUCUCCAAAUUUUCUGUCAGUCCUGUGAUACACACUGGCGAGGAGGUGGUUCCCUUAGACAAGUGGGUCGAUGUUAUGACUGCUUUUACUGAAAUCGUGACAACAGUGCCAGCACCUUCUUCUCCAAGUGCAAGCACCGAUGAAGAUACCCCAAAAGAUUCCGACUGGUUUAUGUAUCCAAAUUUGGAAGAAAUUCUGACUGGAAAAAUGGUUACGGUAGAUGAUUUCAAAAAGCUCUGUGCUCCCCAACAAUCUUUGGAAAUAACAAAGGAAUGGGCUUCCUUUGCUGAUCGUUUUACUGAGAGCUUGAGAAAGUUUGCCCAUACCCCGUUUGACCUAAACAAAAAUGAGGAGUUACCAAAGUUGUGGCACACUUGCAGUUAUACCAUCCAGGCUCUGGAAGUAUACUUGCGAGCCACUUCGAAGCCUUUUAAGAGUGAGAUGUCCAUUCGUCAUAGCAGUUGCUUGAGUGGGCUGAUACGUGCAAGCUGUCUUCGUGCAGGCAACGUCGAUGCUGAGGACUUAAAUAAUAUUCUCAACCCUGUUCGAAAAAUUCUCGAAACAUUGUUCACACAAAAAGGCACACCAGUGCUGCAGUGGAACUGUUUUGAGAUGCUCUUAUCUGUGAUCUUAUCAGUACCAAGUAUGAUGUUCGCCUAUGACGGCAAAAAAGUCAUCACAUGCGGUAGUUUCUUUGAAUUCUACGUGUUGCAGCUUCUCUUUAUUGCAAAUUUGGUCAAAGCUCUUUUGCUCUUCAAUGAAGAGGAUCAGACCUUCAUGGAUAUUGAUGAAGAGGAGCAGGAGUCAAAAGAAGAUGAAGUUGCAGCUUGUUCAUCAGCAUCAGCAUCAGCAUCAGCGUCAACUUCAGCAUCAACAUCGCAGAACUUAAGUACAGAGGUCUUUGAAGAUUUGAAAAACUUCUACCAGCGCUUCAACCUGCGACAGCGAAAUAAUCCCACACAAGAAAUCUCACAGCGCAACAUCCGAUCCCUGCUGGAACACAUGCGCACGGAAAGCAAGCAAUUCUUGCGCAGCGCCUGUCUGUUCUUCCAUUUCGUUACAGAUGUAGAAUUCACGGAUGAGUUCCUAGAGCCCGACAGUGACACUUUUGUCAAUAUGUGCAGCUAUCUAGGUCUAAAUACAGCUGUUGAGAGUUAUUUUGACAGUAAGCGACCAUCGGCCGUUAUUGCAGAGCUUUUUGCUUCACAUCCCGAACUCGAAAAAUACACAACGACUACAGUGUUACCUUUGGUACCGUGUACGCUUCCUGUGCCCAGCUUGGUAGCACUUCCCGACGAUUAUAGCGAUCUGAUAAACAGUGUAUCGGAGCUCACGUGUCCCAACAACGAACGCGAAGAGAUGAAAACUCCCACCAUGUGUCUCAUCUGUGGUGAUAUCCUAUGCGGUCAGUCAUACUGCUGCCAGCCCGAGCUCGAGCCAACUCGAAUAGUUGGCGCAUGCACCUAUCACGCUCAUUUCUGUGGUGCGGAAAUAGGCGUUUUUCUGCGUAUCCGUGAUUGCCAGAUUGUCUACCUGGGUCGCAACAAAGGCUGCUUCAUUCAACCACCCUACUUGGAUGAAUACGGCGAAACAGAUGCAGGUCUCAGACGAGGCAAUCCGCUAACCCUCUGUACAGAGCGCUAUAGGAAAAUUCACUUGCUCUGGUUAGGCCAUGGGCUCCAUGAGGAAAUCGCUCGUCUCAACGAAACAACGUCCAUAACAUCACAUCAAUGGUACGACAUGUAGUCACGACUGGCCGUAACUCGCUCUAUUCGUCGAGUGAGGAGGAGAAUUAUUAGUCGUUUGUUUUUCAAUUAAACUAAUAUUAAAUUGUUUUUAAUUUUUAAAUAGUUUUUUUUCGCUAUUUUGUUAUAAUGAACUAAAAAAUGAUGUCAAGUUGUAAAUUUCGUUAUGCGCACGAUGCAAAUAAAUAAAACAAAAAUAAAUAAAAGAAAAUGAUGCGCGUGCAAUAAAAACAAACGCUUAAAAACAACCGGAGAGCCGAGUUUUAAACCAACCAACAAGAAGCCAUCAUAAGACGAUAACAAUAUUGUAGAGAUGCCUUUUUUCGCUCCUCUAAUUUUUACAAAAGUCGUUGCACAAUAAAAACAAAAAUUACUAAACAUA